AUGUCGAGUAUUACUAUUAUAUUAAUUAUUUUUAUUAAUAAUAUUUAUCAAAUAAUAGCAAUAACUCAAUGUAAUUUAUUAAAUCCUGUUGAUUUACAAUCAGCUACAUAUAAUCAUUCAUUAAUAUUACGUGUACAACCAAUAUAUUCAUCGGAAACUAUUGAAAAAAAAAUUUUAAUAAGUGAAGUUCUUAUACAUGAAGUAAUAAAAAUAUCAUCAAAUAAUUAUCAUAAAAUAAAAAUGAAUGAUUUAAUACUUAUACGAAUGGAUAAUGAUAUUGAAGAUAUAUAUAAUGAUUCAUGUUGGUAUUUAUUACAUAUAACAACAAUUGAUAUUAUACUUUUUCUUAAUGAAACAAAUACAAAUGAUUUCGAUUUACGAUAUCCACCUAUUGAAUCAACAUUAUAUGUUCGACAUCAUAUUGAUGCUGUUAUAAAUCAUGAAACUUAUGCACCUCAAGUAAUAAUUAAAACGCAAUUUGAUAAACCGAUUUUAUUCAAUAGUUAUUCUUUACAAUGUAAUGUUCGUGGUAAUCCAUUACCACGUUUAUUAUGGAGUAAAUAUAAUCAAACAUUAGGAUAUUAUCCAUUAGAUAAUCAAUGUAAAACAUCAUGUCGAAUUUAUUCUAUUCAAAAUGAAUAUGAAUCAAUUUUACAUUUUCAAACAUUAACUAUUGACGAUCGUGGCAUUUAUGUAUGCCAUGCAGAAAAUGCAAUAAAUUAUACGAUGACGAAUGUCUAUAUAGAUGUCAAUCAAACUAAUAUAAUAAAUCGAUCAAAUAUAAAUGUGACUUGUGCUAUUUUAAAAUAUUGUCAUUAUCGAGGUCAAUGUGUUAGUGUUGAUAAUCAAUGGAAAUGUUUAUGUAAUAAACAAUAUAUUGGUGAAGAAUGUGAAACAAAUUAUGAUGAUAUAAUAAGAAAACAAAAUAAUGAAAUUCUUUUAUUUAAAUCACGUUUAUUAACUGGUUGUAUUUUAAUUCUUAUUUGUUUUAUUAUAAUAUUAAUUUCUAUUAUAUCUUAUUUUAAUGUUAAAAAUAAUAAAAUAAAACAAAAAAAUUGUUCAACAUCAAAAUCAAUUACUAAUAGAAAAAUUUUAAAAUCUCAAUUGAUUGAACAAAUUAAUAAAUCUGAAUUACAACAAUCAUUAUCAAUUCCUUUAGUUCGCAUGAUAAAUAAUCGUUCAAUAUUAAUGAAAGACUCAGCAGCAGCAACAACAACAACAAUAGAUAAUGAUGAAUAUAAAAAUUCAAAUGGUUAUUGUGGUUCAAUAAGAGCAAAUGAAGAAUUUUUUUCAUUAAAAAUGAAUAAUACUAAUGAUUCAAAUAUUCCUAUAUCAACAAAUAAUUUACUUCUUUCUAAAGAUUAUUUAGAAUAUUAUCAACCAGAUUCUCAAUCAGGUUUAAUACGACCUUUAAAUAUUCAUACAAAUCGAUUAAAAUAUUAUAACAAAAAAUCUUUCAAUUGA